UCUCUGGUCUCCAGUGUGGCCAGUCCUCAGGCUCUGGAGGCUCUGUCUGUGGACUGCACCAGGACUCCGAGAGGCCCUCAGCAGAACCAGAGAGAUGAUCCACCUGAAGAGAGAGGAGAGGGACAAAGGGCUGCUCAAAGUACUGCAAGAUGAGAAGCAGUCGUUUGAGGAGUGGUUCCAGGAUCAGCAGCUUUCAGUGAACGAGUGCUUUGAGAAUCCAGAGAGUACAGCCAACGUGGAGACGACCAUCCAGAGACUCACUGGUUUCCUGAAGUCCACAGACCCGGAGCGGCGUCUGGACCAGCUCAGAGACCAGGUGAACCGAGGACAGAAACAGAUCCCAGACCAAAACCUGGUCGAGAUCUCGGACUUCAUCAGGGAACAGCAGGAGGAGGUGGACACCUUCAGGACUCACUGUCAGAACAGACUGCUGCAGAUGGAGGAGCUGCUCGGUCUACUGCACAGUCUGCAGAAGCAACACAACAGCUUCAGUGAGUGGCUGCAGAUGAAGGAGAAACAGGCUCUGGAUCCAGAAAGACUCAGAAACCUGCUCAAAGAACUUCAAGAUGCAAAUGCCCGAGUCUCUGCUCUGUCCGACCUCUUGUCCUCGGUGCGCAGACAGGGAGUGAGAGGAGACAGUCUGCUGAAGGACACUGAUAACCUGCUCCAGAGAUUCAAAAACCUGGAGACCCGAGUCCAAGACCAAGUCCAGACCCAGGACCAGAUCCAGGAGAAUCUAAACCGGUUUAAAUCCAAGACUGACGAAACCAGGAAGUGGAUCAAAGAGCUGCUGGAGCCAAUCAGCUUCGAGCAAACAGAGAGUGAGCCAGAGGAGGUGAAACGCAGGGCACAGACAAUGCUGAAGUCCAAACCUGAAGGAGACUCUAAACUGGAGGAUCUGAGACUCCAAAGCCAGACUCUUCUGGACCAGGAUCUGGACCAGAAGCAGAGACUGGAGAUCCAACAGUGCAUCAGAGACACAGAGGAGUCCUGGAGGUCUGCUCUGGACCGGACUGAAGACGCCCUGAAGACCGCAGACACCAGAGUCCAGACCAAAACCCAGACCAGAGCCCAGUUAGACCGAGACCUGGGCGAGUUCAGGGACCAGACCGACGCAGUCCAGACCUGGAUCUCAGAGCAGGAGGAUCAGCUGCAAAGUCUGAGGCUGCUGCCGGUGACAGAGAGGGUCCAAGUCGCUCAGAACCAGACGUUGGACGAUUCCCAAAGACGUGCCGUAGAAGACGCAGUGAAAGAGACAGAGGAGCAGUGGAGCGGAGUUUCCCGAGCUGCAGAAAAGGCCCUGAACGUAGCACAAGGCGAGGCUGCAGUUCAGAGGGACUUUGAGGCGUUCAGGGACCAAUGGGAAAAACUACAGACCUGGAUCAGAGAGCAGAAACAGAAGAUCAUGUCCAUACCAGCACUGGGGACGUUUGAGGAGAGGCUGCAGCUCGCUCAGUCUGUUCUGAACUCCAGACCUGAAGGUGACUCAAAGCUCCGUGAUCUGAGCAGACAGGCCCAGAGUCUGGUCCAGAGCCCAGACCUGGACCUGCCUCUGAGGGCCGAGGUGGAGAGGAUGGUCCUGGACACGGAGCAGCAGUGGAGGACAGUGCUGCAGACGGCCACUCAGGCUGAACUCAAGAGUCUGUCCGACGACUUCGAAAACCAGAGUCAGAGCACCCAGAGCUGGAUCAGAGAGAGACAACAGCUACUGCACAGUGUGGGAGCACAGGCCCCGCCCCACCAGAGGAUAGACACCUGCACAGGUAUGAAGAAAGAGGCUGUGCUGAACACCAAACCCGAUGGCGACUGUAAAGUGAAUAACUUGAGGAGAAGAGGGCAGAAUCUGAGUGACCACAGAGACCUGAGUGACAGUCGCAGACAGCAGCUCCAGCAGACGGUCAAAGACACAGAGGAGCAGUGGAGGAACCUGCUCCAGAACGCUAAACAAGUCCAGAGCACAGCAGAGGAGCAGGCCCGAGAGGAGGAGGAGAGCAAGAGGAAACAGCUGAAAGAGUUUGUCUCCCAGAAAGAGGAAACCCGUUUGUUCCUCAGAGAUCUUCAGCAGAAACUGUCGUCUGUGAAGGAGCAGCCCACAGCAGAGGACAGACUGCACACGGCUCAGGCCAUUCUAAGCUCCAAAGCAGAAGGAGACUCCAAACUCCAGGAGCUGAGGAGGAGAGGCCAGAGUUUACGCCCAGACUUAGACGAGCAAACCAGAUCAGACGCGUCCAGGACGGUGGAGGAGAUGGAGGGGCAGUGGACAGAGCUGCUGCAGGACGUGAGGCAGAUCCUGGGUCAGUCUGAGCGGCAGUGUGCUCUGGAGAACCUGAUGAAGGAGUACAACCAAACCAAAGAGAAGACCACUGCCUGGGUCCAGGAGAAAGAGGAUCGAGUGAAGAGUGUGGGCGUGAACACAGAGCCAGAGCAGACCAUCAACACUGCACAGAUGAUCCUGAGCUCCAAACCUGAAGGUGACUCUAAACUCUCAGAUCUGAGGAGACAAACCCAGAGCCUGUUGGACCGUGACGAUGUGGACGAGGACACGAGACACCAGGCGGACCGGGUGCUGACAGAGGCAGAGUACCAGUGGAGGGACGUCUUACAGAAGGCGGAGGAGAUGCUGAAGAGAGCCCAAGACCAGUACACCGUCCACAGGGAGAUGGACGCCUUCAGAGCCCAGGCCACAAGCACCGAAUCCUGGGUACAAGAUCUACGACGGCAACAGGAGGAGAAGGGAACUGGAGCUACAGGCACACAGGCGGAGAUAGAACAGAGACUCAACACUGCACAGAUGGUGUUGGGCUGCAGACUGAACGGGGACAGUCAGAUGGUGGAGCUGAAGACACGAGUUCAGAGUCUGAGCGAAAACCCAGAUCUGGACCAGGAGCAGAGAGAUGAGAUCCAGAGGAGAGUGAGAGACACAGAGGAGACGUGGAGGCAGGUGCUACAGACAGCAGAGCAAAACCAAAGUUCUCUGCAGGGGGUUCUGGAGCGUCUGGUCUCCUGUCAGAAGCAGCGUUCUCAGCUCUCGUCUCGUCUCUCGGAGCUGCAGACUCAAACCUCAGACCUCCCUCGGGUUUUCCCCUGGCCCGGACUCGGAGAGAGGAGACAGACUGCCGACCAAACCAGGAACAUGAUUGACCAGAUCAGUGCACUAGCUCCACUGCUCAGAGACACACGCACACAGGCUGCAGAGCUGGCAGAGUUGACCCAGGACCCGAGCUGGACCUCCUCAAACUGGGAUGAGAUGGAGCAGUGCAUCCCUGACCUGCUCAAGAAGCUCACGGAGUCCCUGAGUUCUCUGGAGGAGGGCAUCUUAGCAGAGCGUCAGUGCACUCAGCUGAUGGAGCAGCACGAGGCAGCACAGGACUGGCUCCGAGAACAGGUCAAAGCUCUGGGACCGGCCCCUCAAGAUAAACAAGGACUUCACAGCGCCAUCAACACUCUCAAGGCCCUGCUGCAAACGGUGCACAGGGAGCAGAGGGAGAUGUUGGAGUUGGACCAGGCAAGAGACAGACUGUUAAACCUGUGCACUCCUGGAGGACAAGACGCUCUCAAUCUGGACGUCAGCCAUCUUCACGACCUCUGCGCGACCUCCGAACAGGAAGUGAAGCAGCACCUGACUUCCUGCGAGGCGCGUGUGGAGGAGCUGGAGCGGCAGGUGGAGCAGAGGGCGGAAGGGCUGAAGGAGAGGACCUCCGCUCUGCAGUGGGAGCUCCGGUCUCUGGACCAGGCUCUGAGCUACAGCCAACCACAAAACAACAUCAGCCAGCUCCAGCAGCACUGGAACAGCCUCAAGAACUGUGAGAAGUCCCUGGAGGGUUUGAGAGUGAAGCUGGAUGAGCUGCUCAAGGAGGUGGCCUCAGCUCCACAGACAGAGGAGCUCCCCACAGACGUGACUACACUGGUCAAGUCUCUAUCCCAGCAACACGACAGUCUCAAAUCACGGUUAUCAGACCAUCAGUCAUCUUGUUCCACAAAUGCAGAUCGCUGUUUCAAAGAUUGUCUCCAAAACCUCCAAAAGUGGAACAGCAGAGAGACCCCAGAGUCCAGUGAUUCUCUACAGGAAUCAUUGGAGGAGGGUGAAAAGUACAAAUUGGACCUACAGGAGGCGCUCUCACACUGGCAGUUCCUCUCUGACUGUCUCUCUCCUUUAGUCUUUGGGAAAUUGGACCAGGAGAGUUCAGAGACUCUGGCCAAAGCUGACAUACAGAAGAACAAUUUUAACAAAAAGAAAGAGGAGCUUGAUGCCAGACCCAAAUUUAAACCUACAGUUGCUCAAAUGUCCAGUGAAAUGUCUUUAGUGGCACCUCCGCGAAAGAAGCGUUCUCAAAUGACCCCAGCAGCCAGCAUGCAAUCCAUCAACCAAUCUGCAGAAGAGGACGAGAAACAGAUUAAUGUAAUCGAACCAAUGGAAGUGGAGUCUGUUGUAUGUGACAUUUCCCAACGCAUGGAAGAGUCUAUGAUUUGGGAGAAAGUUAAGACAAUAAAGGAAGACUCAGGAACUGAAAUGGAAACCUCUUUACCAAUUGAGAAAAUGGUUGUAGACACUAAAGAGGUUAAGGAGCCGACUACUCAAGCUGCAAGUCAAGAAACGCCUGUGCCAUUGAGAAGAAGAUCCAAGAUGGUGACUACUGAACCAGAGACAAAACAGAUUAAAAUUGAAACUCAAAUUCCGCAACCAAUUCAACAAGAAAGUUUGGAAACUAAAAAGAUUUCUACAAUUAUUCUUGACAAUUCACAGUCAUUCAUAAUUCCAAGUGAAACUGGAAGCAAAAUGGAAGACAUAAUUACCGAAGAGCAAGUUAAGACCAGACCAGAAGACAUUUCAACUCUUGAAGAUGCUGUACCACCAAAACGCAAACCAAAAAGUCCAAAAAUUCAACCAAAAGAAACUAAAAGUUCUGUUACAACUGAUGCUGUGGUGGUACCAGUGAGAAAGAAAUCAAAAUCUACACCUCCAACCGAAAUUUUUAUUGAGGGAUCCAAAGAAGAAAGUGUCCAAGAAACUGCUAAGCUUUCUCCAACCAAAAAGCGGUCUAAAAAGUCAAAAUCUUCACCAGAAAUUGCACCUAAAGAAGUGAAAAUGAGUGAAGCCAUAGAGGAGACCAAGCCUUUCGAAAUGGAGGAAGCUAAAGUAGAUCAAGAGCAUAAGGAAACAGUGGAGGAACCCAAGUUGGUGGUGCCAAGAAGAAAAACCAAGAUGGCAGAGUUUCAACAAAAAACAUCUCAAGAAAUUUAUGCUUCAUCUGAGUCUGUAAAUAUUCCAGAGGUUUCAGAAAAUGGAAAAUUAACGCCACCAAAAAGAAAGCCAAAAAGUCCCAAAGCAUCUCCUGCAAUUGUUAAGAAGGACAUGCCAAAAGAAGACACAGAGCUAGACAGUCAAAGCAUUUCUUUAGAUCAAGAUUUAGAUUCAUGGAAAACAACUCAACCUGCAACUGAGCCUAUUACAGCUGCUGAGGUAUCAACUGAAAAAUCUAUUGAAGAAAAAGGCACUUUGUCACCAACCAAAAGAAAGCCAAAGGGCAAACCUAAACUUUCACCAGAACUUCCUAAAAAGGAGGUAGACGAGACCAAAGAUGAACCCAAGACUGAAAGAUCUCCAACUGAAACUACUGUUUUAGAAAUAAGUAGUCUAUCAAAAGAAGACACAGAGCUGGACAGUCAAAACAUUUCUUCCAUUCAAGAUUUAGAUUCACAAAAAACAACUCAAUUUGCAACUGAAGCUAUUAUUGAAAUGCCAAUUGUAGUUGCUGAUAUAUCAACUGAAAAAUCUAUGGAUGAAAAUGGCACUUUGUCACCAACCAAAAGAAAGUCAAAGGGCAAACCUAAAAUUUCACCAGAACUUCCUAAAAAGGAAGAAGAAGAGACCAAAGAAGAAUCCAAUACUGAAACAUUUCCAACAGAAAUGAGUGCUUUAGAACUUUCUAAAGACAGUGGACUCUCACCACCAAAAAGAAGGUCCAAAAAAUCUAAAAUAUCUUCAGAACUGUCCAAAAAGGAGGUCGAUGAAACUAAAAUUCAGGCUCCAUCUGUGGUUGAAACGACUGCCAGUGUGUCUCCACCAAAGCGCAAGUCUAAAGGGAAGAAAAUUAAGUCUCAAGAUUCAUCAGAAGAGUCUCCAAUAGACGUUCCAACAGAUCCAGUGGAUGAGUUUAAGAAAUUGGCUACUAUAGUUUUGGAAAUGCCCGGCACUGUUCCACAAACAAUUUUCAAAGAAACAAUUUUCAAGCCAAAACAAGAUACACCUACAGAAAGAGUAGUGGAAUUAUCUGAAACUCCAAGUAAGGAAGCCAAGAAAGCUCAAAAAGGUGAAGUUCAAACUACUACUGAAAGCAUGAGGCCAGUUUCUACAAAGGCUGCACUUGAGUUUGUAAGCUCUGGGGAAAUGGAAGAGAAGAAAGUAGCUACAAUAGUUUUGGAAAUGCCAGAAUCUGAUGACCAGCCUCAGGUUAGUACCAAGCCAGACACUAUUCAAUCAAUGGAUACAACUGAUAAUGUAGAAACAGAGGUAGCGAAAGAUCUCCGAGAAGUUCCUGAAGAUGUGCCAAUGCAACAGCAAGAAACAAAAAUGCGUACUGAAGAUGACACUGUGACAAAUAUUGUUACAAUUAGUGAGCCAGUAGUACGCAUGGAUGUCAGCCUACCUAUUGCAGAAACUGAAGAGAAGAAAGUGGCCAUACUUGUUUUGGAAAUGCCUCAAGAACUUCCCAUAACAGAAACAAAAUCUGUUGACAAAGAUUCAGAAGAUCAACCUAUUAAAGAACAAACAAGCAAGCCAAUGGAAGAUUUAGCUGUAGAAGAACCAAAGCAAAUUGAUAUUCAACCUAUGAAACCUGAUGCAAAGGAUAUCUCAGUUUGUAAGGCAGUCAAGGAUCAAAUUGAUGCUUUGGCAAAGAUUGAAGAGAGCAAAGUGGCGACAAUAAUUCUAGAAAUGCCUGAUUCAACUGUUCCAAAAACAGAGACAAACCUGGAGACAAAACCAGAGCAAGCACCAAGAAAUGAAGAGAAGAUGAACAUUUCUGCAACACCAGAUGUUACAGAAAAAGAAGACAUUAAAAUAACUCCAUUGUCUAAGAAAUCCACUGGUGAAGUAGAGCCCAUGCAAGACAAAUAUACCAUUACAAUGCCAGUGUCUAAAGAAAUCGACCUACCAGCAACUCAAGAAGAACCACUCAUUCAAGAAGCAGAAAUUCAGACUAUCAUCCAAGAGACUGGCCCGGCUGUUGAGGAUACCAAAGUAGAAGAUGCAGAAACCAUUCAGCAGAAGUUUGACAGUUUUGACGAAGUCCACUUGCAGCCCGAAUCUACAAAUGACGCUUCUGAUUCAGUUGGAAAUGAAGAUAAAAAAGGGCUUGUUUCAGACAAACAGCAAGACUCCAUAGAUGUGAUGGAAAAAGUUUCAAAGCCAGAGCAAGUUACACAGAUGGCCAGCGAAGAUGUAGUGUUACCCAAAGAAGUAGAUACUAGAGAAAAUGGCAUUAGUUCUGUUAGUGAUACAGUUGUGCUUGGUGAUGCUGAUUCUAUUGAAGUUGCAUUAGAAACAUCUGAAAUUAUUGCGCAACCUGGUCAAAAUGUUAAGGAAGUUAGUGAAAUUAAGGAGGGCAAAGGGGUUAUCCAAGAAGUGAAACCUAUGCAGACAGUAGAAAUUCAGCCUUCAGUUGAUGAGACCAAAGAUAUUGUUAAAGAUAGUGAUCAUUCAAAAUUGCCCCAGAAGGUUGAUGACAUUGCUAUGAAACCUGGUCAAGAUGUAAAAAAAGUACCUGUAGUUUUCACUGAUAAAGCAAAGGUGCAAAAAGAACAAGAUUUGUUAGCUGAGCCCCAAAUUACAUCUGAAACUGUUAAUAUGGAGGAUAGUGAAAGCCAACCUUCAGAAGAAUCAGUUGUGGCAGAGGAGACUGUAGUAGAAUACAUUAGCAUAAUCAGAAAGCCAAUCGUUGAAGAUAGUGAAGAAGACAAAAUGGCUGCUAAAAAGCCAGAUAUUACUCCAGAAACACGGUAUUGUCCACUGAUGCCGCGCAUGUUGUUGAAGAAAUGCAUGUAG